UUGACAGCAGGUCCGUUUUUACCUCUUUGCUUUUCUUUAUUCCACCCUGCCUCGCUCUUUCUUUCUCUAUUUAAAACGCCUUAGCCUGCCGUAUGUGUGUAUUUAUUUAUUUAUGCAUCUUAUUUGAAAGUGUUUAGGUUUUUUACAUUUUAGUCGUUCCUCAAAUGAGAAGACGUAAAAGAUGGAGCUUCAUAUUUUAGAGCACAGCUUGAAAGUGGCGAGUAUAGAAAAAGAGGGGAUCCAGAUUUGCACUCACGGAUUAAUAAAACUCGCUUUCUUGGCCUCCAAAACAAGAUGCAAGUUCUUCAGUCUGACGGAGACUCCAGAGGACUACACCAUAAUCGUUGAUGAGGAAGGCUUUAAAGAGUUACCCCAGUCAGAGCACAUCAGUGUUGCUGAUGCCACGUGGUUGGCUCUUAACGUGGUGUCGGGAGGCGGCAACACCUCCAAUUCACAGCCCAUCGGAGUCACCAAAAUCGCCAAAUCAGUCAUCGCACCGCUGGCUGACCACAACAUCUCUGUCUUCAUGCUGUCCACAUAUCAAACGGACUUCAUUCUGGUUCGAGAGCGAGACCUGCCGAUGGUCAUGCACACGCUGUCUUCAGAGUUUACUUUGCUGCGGGUCGUCAAUGGAGAAACUGUGGCUGUUAACGAUCUGGGGGUCACCAACGGCUUUGUAAAGCCAAAACUCAUGCCACGCCCCAUCAUUCACCCUUUAUCUAGUCCCAGCAACAUGUUCUGUGUGACCAGCCUGGACCCAGACACACUGCCCUCUGUCGCCACCCUGCUCAUGGAUGUCAUGUUUUACUCUGGAGGGCCAAAGGAGCCUGGGGCCUCCGCCGAGGACUCCAACCACAUCCGCUUCUUCUCCUUCUCUCUGAUCGAGGGCUACAUCUCGCUGGUCAUGGACGAGCAGACAACUCAAAGGUUUCCAAACAACGUCCUCUUUACCAGUGCUUCUGGGGAGCUUUGGAAAAUGGUUCGCAUUGGAGGACAACCUUUAGGGUUUGAUGAGUGCGGCAUCGUGGCUCAGAUAUCAGAACCCCUGGCAACAGCUGACAUUCCUGCUUAUUACAUUAGUACCUUCAAGUUUGACCACGCACUGGUUCCCGAAGAAAACAUCCAAAGCGUGAUCGGAGCUCUGCGGACCAAGAGCACAGCACAGUGAAGGACAGACGGAGGAGAACGACCUUUUUUUCAAAGUCAAUUCAUUCAAAUGUUUAUCAUGUCCAAAAAGUGCCAAGAGCUUCUUAGCGGACUCCUGUGGAUCAGCUCUGAAGGAAGGGAUCUAACCACAAAGAGUGGGCGGCGUA